CAAUGAAAAAUUCUAUACGUGUUGCGAUGAACCGUACUUGGACAUAACAUUCAACAUCACAAUGCGCCGCAAGACGCUCUUCUAUACGGUCAAUCUCAUCAUACCCUGCAUGGGUAUUAGUUUUUUAACCAUAUUAGUUUUUUACCUGCCAUCGGACAGCGGCGAAAAGGUCUCAUUAAGCAUAUCCAUUUUACUGUCACUGACUGUGUUCUUUUUGCUGUUGGCCGAAAUUAUUCCACCAACGUCAUUAGUUGUGCCAUUAUUAGGGAAGUUUGUGCUCUUCACAAUGAUACUGGACACAUUUAGUAUAUGUGUGACGGUGGUAGUGCUCAACAUACAUUUCCGCUCGCCACAGACACACACAAUGGCGCCCUGGGUGCGAACGGUGUUCAUCAAUCAACUGCCUCGCUUUUUGGUCAUGCGACGACCACUGUAUCCCAUCAGUGAGAUGAUCAAAUCAUCGCGACGCUUGAUGGUUCGCACCUGCAAUGGAUUUGACUUGGGCGACCAAAUACCACCGGUACCACCGCCAGCGGCCUUGUCGAGAAUGCAUCACAGCCCUAAAACGACGUCGCGCAGUACCUCGCCACAUCUGCAACAUCGCGUGCAGAGUCUCAAUCUGCUGGAUGACUCAACGAUCGGUGGUUUAGGGCUCUCUACCACCGGCACCGCUUCGGCGACUGGUCAGUUCUCUACACUCUACCCCUCCAAUAUUUCAACUGUGAAUCAACAGACAUCGACCACGUCAUCGCUCGUGGACGCACAACAUCAUAGCCAAUACCAACAGACUGGCGAUUCACUGCUCGAUCACCCGCUAACGCCAACCAAGUUCCGCCAACAAAAGACUUCCACGUCAGUACAGACGAAUGGCUUCGACGGACCAUCCACCUCGCAGUUCGGACGCAUUGGCUUUGGUGCGACCAGCACCUCCACGCAUCAUCUGUAUCGCCAACAGUCAGCCUCAUCUGCACAAUUCUCGCCCGUCCCGGCACCACUACAUCCCCACCAGCAACAUCAGUCGACCACGACGUGUGAUCUGCUGGGUAAUAGCAAUGCGAAUGUGAUAAAGUCAACGACCACCGUGAACUCGGUGGCGACCGCUUCAACGCUGGCGGACUCCUGCUGUAGUGGCAUACAGAUACAUCAAGGUAUGGGUGCUGGUGCCGCGUGUCAAUCGUCUGAACAGCCGCAUCCACAUGGUGUGACUGGUGUUGGUGGACAUGGUGCGGUUGGCGGCGCCCUGCCGUGUGAAAUACUGCCAGCGUGUCAGCGAGAAGAGGGCACGCAUUGUUGUCUGAGCGGCGGUAGUGGGGGCUGUUCGGAAGGCAACGAAUUGCGGCAUCGGUGGCAUGGCUGUCCCGAGCUGCUCAAAGCCAUGGAUGGUGUAAACUAUAUAGCGGAGCAGACGCGCAAAGAGGAGGAGAGCACAAGGGUCAAAGAAGAUUGGAAAUACGUGGCCAUGGUAUUGGAUCGUCUAUUCUUAUGGUUAUUUACAAUAGCCGUUGUCGUUGGUACGGCCGGAAUAAUAUUGCAGGCGCCGACGUUAUACGAUACGCGCGUACCAAUCGAUAUUAAAUUGUCGGAAAUUGCAACGACAACAGCGAAACCGAGCAUUGCCAAACCUGUGUUAUAA